CAACAUCAUCGCCACAGUGCUGUGCGUGAAGAACGUGAGCACUUCGCCAUUAUGAUGCUGAGUCAACUCACAAUUUGGAUAGCCUGUAUUGGAGAUGGCUGAUUUCUGUUUUGUGUUUACUACCAUUCUGCUCUCUAGGUUCUCCUUGAAUCUCCGAGAGGUCGUUUACCUACCUGAGCUCAGCUCAACUCCGUCUACACGCUCUGGUCUCCACUUCGCCGAUGCGCUGCGCACGCUAGGCGGAUCCCUAGCUGAGCAUAUGGAUUAUCCGGAAGACCGAUUGGACCACACUGGCGUGUCCGUGCUUGAUAUUGGCGAAGAGGGAGAGUAUCCGGCGGAGAUAACAGAACGGCCAUCCCUUUCGGCGUCGAGCCUCGAUCAGCAGGGGCGGGCUGACACACUUCAAGCAUAGUCGAUGGACCUCACGAUGUCCAGAAACCAAACUUUGUCGACGUACACAUAUACAUGCCAGACUUGAAUCUUGUAGACGGCAGUGAUGCGCUUCUUCAAGUUGCAUUUAGCGGGUUCUCUUAGAACAGAAAAAGGACAACGCCUCUAGUAUCGGUACCACAGUUGGACAUACACGUGUAAUUGGACAAUAUAUAGUAGUAGUGAUGAUAAUGUUAUUCUCGCAUGAUAUAAGGC